CCCGGCAGGCCGCGGAGGAGCAGUGGCAAGGUGUCCAGGCAGGCGCGGGCGGGGCUGGCCGAGCGGCGCUCAGUGCGGACGCGGCAUACGCUGGGCAAGACGACCACGUCGCCGACGCCUUCGGCGACACGCACGACGGCGGCGACGGGGACCCAGAAGGGCGCGACAGGAAGUGCACGGGGCCACGGCUGCAAAAAGAGCAAGCGAAGCUACAGGACUGCACGCGCCUUCGCGCCUUGGAAGGGCGAGCUGCGCAGGCAGUGCAACUGGCCGCAGCUAGAUCGGCUGAGAGAGCUGAGGCACAAGGACGUCUCGCACGACUGGCUCUGGCACCUGGACCCGCUAGCUGGCGCAGUGCUGGCUGAGUGCGACUACGUCCCCAACGUGGUGAAGCGACUCGGCGGGCGCUGCUACGAGGCAACAGGUCCGUGUCGCAUCUGCGGCGCGCCGCUCGACCCGCAGCUCGAGCACAGCGAGGUCUGCCCCACCGCAGAAGCAACGAGAGGCCAUUACGCGUGCGUGCACGCAUUGGUCGAUGGACUGCGCCUCGCUGACGCGGCCGUCACGACGGAGCCACGGGGGCUCACCAGUACACAGGCCAGGCCGGCUGAUAUCUUCACAGCCGCUGCUGUCCCCGGACGCAGCGCGGCCCUGGAUGUGUGCAUCGGAUCCCCGAACGCAGCCAACGCCCAAGGCGAUGCUGCGGAGGCGGCCUUCCGGCGGAAGCUUCGGCGGUACCGGGGCGAGAUACAGGAGCUCUCAGCAGCGGGCAUCGUGUACAGGCCCCUCGUGUGGACCGCUGAUGGGCGGCCGCAUCCGGCAGUGACGCGGACGCUGGCCUACGCGGCCGCGAAGGCAGCGCGCCGGGGCGGCGUCUCCGCCGACGCGAAGCAGCUCCAACGACGCUGGAAGCACGAGGUGCAGGUGGCCAUCCUGCGCAGGCGGGCCGCGAUGGCACGGGCAGUGCUGCCUAGCCUGGCGCCCCGGGCAGCGCGGCUGCUCGCCGGGCGCGCCGACGGAGGAUCGGGCGCCUGGGGCAGAGAGCUGCCGCUGGAAGAGGAGGAGCAGCAGCAGCAGGUGGAGCAGAACGAGGACGACGGGCGCGUCGACGAAGCAGGCGAGGAGGCGGGCGCGGAGGAGGAGCCCACGGCGGCACGCGGCUGA